CAGACCUAAGGCUACUGCUCUACCUUCAGGAACUGCUGCACUACAGGAACUUAAUGUAUAGGCUCAAGAGGCCAAGUGCUGAAAGGAAAGGAAAGGAGAACGGACCAGCUGUUGUAAACCGUGCUUUGCCUGUUGUAUGCUUGGACGAGCACAUAAGUAGCCUUCGCAAGCUUGAAUCUCGUUGCCUUGGGGAGAAAUUGGGGGUGUGAGUGUGACUCCCGGCGCAUGCAAUCCAUCACGCCUUUGGGACACUCUUUUCACCCAGUGACAUGUGUGCGAUCAAAAUGUGGCCACGCGCAGUACAAUGGCUGUGAUUGAAGGUGGGAACGUACAACGCAAGACCUGCUUAACGCUUAAGCAAGAACCCCGGUUUGUGAUAGUGACUUGUAUGUGUGCAGCUGUGAACUGAAGCUGUAGUGGUACGUGCAAGCUUCGUUCAUGUUGAAGUGUGUAGACACUCUGAAUAAUUGUAUGAACGUGUGUAGCUGUGACUGUACAAUAGCAUCAGGGCAGAAGCUGUGUGUGCGCGUGCGUGCAUGUAGGCCUAUGGACUACUGUGUAAGGACAUUGACACAUGAAUGCACACGUCUGAGUGAGUAACGGCUAUAUUUGUUAAUGUGUAAGGAGUGCAUACACUUGCCAGAGUGCAAUUUCCAUUUUUUCCAGCACUACAGUUCACAAGAGUGUGUGCUCGGACAGGCAAUUUUAGAAGAAGUGGGGUUUUUUGCCUGCCGUGUGUGACUGUGCAAGGGCCAUAAGAUCUGGUUGUGUGUACUGUGCGUGUGUGUUGCACAUCCCCUUCAUCAAUGGAGAAGUCCAAAGCAGACCUAGAAUCUGCAGCGAACCCUGAAGGUGAAUCCAAUCAAGACCUGCUCCAUGAGGAACUCGAUUCCCGGCCUGCCUGGGGCUCCAAGGCCCAGUAUAUCCUGGCCCAGGUUGGCUUUUCUGUCGGGAUUGGCAACGUCUGGCGGUUCCCUUACCUUUGUCAUCAAAAUGGGGGAGGUGCUUUCCUGCUGCUGUACCUGCUGCUCCUCUUUGUCAUCGGGAUCCCUCUCUUCUUCCUGGAGCUGGCGGCGGGGCAAAUCAUCCGACAGGGCAGCAUCGGGGUCUGGAAGCACAUCAGCCCCCGCCUGGUGGGCAUUGGCUUUGCAAGCUGCGUGGUUUGUUCCUUCGUUGCCCUGUACUACAAUGUUAUCAUUGCAUGGAGUCUUUUCUACCUGGCCAACUCCUUCCAGUUUCCCCUGCCCUGGAUGAAUUGUUCGGAACCAAUCAACCAGACAGUCCCAGAAACGGAGUGUGCUGCCAGUUCUCCCACUGUCUACUUCUGGUACCAUAAGGCCUUGCAUGUGACCAGCUCCAUCGAAGAGAGUGGAGGCCUGAAUCCGGCUCUUACUGGCUGCCUCUUUGCUGCGUGGGCUCUGGUGUGUCUGGCCAUGAUCAAAGGCAUCAAAUCAUCCGGCAAGGUUCUGUAUUUCAGCUCCCUGUUCCCCUAUGUGGUUCUCUUGUGCUUCCUCGUACGGGCAUUGUUGCUAGAAGGUGCAGUUGAUGGGAUCAAGAUCAUGUUCACGCCCAAGGUGUCCAUCUGGGGAGAUAUGCAGGUCUGGCGCCAGGCAGCCACCCAGGUGUUCUUUGCCCUCGGCCUGGGCUUCGGCACCAUCAUCGCCUACUCCAGCUACAACCCACGCCACAACAACUGCCACCUGGACGGGCUGCUUGUGUCCGGGGUCAACUUCCUCACCUCGGUCUUGGCCACACUGGUGGUAUUUGCUGUGCUCGGCUUUCGCGCCAAUAUCCUCGCACGGAAAUGCAUUGCCAGGAACACAGAACAGUUGUCCCAACUGGUGUCGAAUGGCUCCCUCUUUGUGGAGCUCCCUGGAAACUUCUCUGACCUCCCUGCCGCUCACUACAGCACCUGGUAUCAGGGGCUCCAGAACAACACGGAGGAGCAGCUGCAGAAGUGGGGCAUUAGCGACUGCCGUGCAGAGGAUGAGAUGAACAAGGACGUGGAAGGCACGGGCCUGGCCUUCAUCGCCUUCACAGAGGCCAUGACCCUGUUUCCAACCGCCCCGUUCUGGUCUGUGCUGUUCUUUUUCAUGCUGCUGAACCUGGGGCUGAGCACCAUGCUGGGGAACAUGCAAGGCAUCAUCACCCCCUUGUUGGACAACUUCCAGAGGCUACACCGCCGGCGGACCCUCUUCACAGUGCUGUGUUGUUCCAUUGGGUUCCUGCUGGGCCUGGUUUUCGUCCAACGUUCAGGCAACUAUUUUGUGACCAUGUUUGAUGACUAUUCGGCCACCCUGCCCCUGCUUAUUGUUGUAGCGUUCGAAUCUUUUGCUGUGGCCUGGAUCUAUGGAGCAGACAGGUUCUUAAGCGACAUAGAAAAUAUGCUGGGGUGGCGGCCUUGGCGUAUCUACAGUUACAUGUGGCGCUUUGUUAGCCUGGGGUCAAUGUUGUGCCUGCUGAUAGCAAGCUUGGUGCGCAUGUUUUUGGAGAGGCCUACCUACCGGGCCUGGGACACACAAAAGGCAAAGGAGCAGAAGCUGGAAUACCCACCGUGGGCCUUGGGCCUCCUCAUAGGCCUUAUAGUGGUGGCAGCUCUUCCCAUCCCGGCCAUGUACCUGCGGCAGCUGUUGAUGGAGCGGUUUGCCCAGCAACGUGGAAGCCGUCCUGGCCUAGCCAUGGCUCGUGUGCCCACAGAGGAUGAAGGCGAGGUAGAAGACAAAGAGAGCCCGGCUGAUCCCGAUCUCCAAGGCAAUGGAUACUUGCUAGUCCAAACAGAAGACAGGCAGGACUAACUGGGACGUCCAGCUGGAAUGUGAACUCUUCCAGCUUCUAGAUCAGCCUGACC